AUGUCCAUUGUCUCCAGAAUUGGGCUGGAGAUGGGCGAUCGUAGCCUCCAGCUCAGAUAUGUGUUCAUGGCCACGCCCGUCUGCGAAAGGGGUAAUGGUCCCGUGCGCAUUUGGGGCAAGCACAAUGUUGUCCUCGUCCUCAAGCUCAUCUUCAUCCUCAUCUUCAUGUUGGUCUCGGGCAUCAACCUCGCCAUCGCCUACGACCUCGACAUCGCCUUCAACCUCCUCGUUUUCGUCUCCGCCCCCGUUCACAUGGCGAUCCCCUAG